CUCCACUCCACUCCACCUUUUGCCCAACUCCCGUUUCUUCCACGAUACUCCAGCGCAUUCCCUGCCGCCCCUAAUUUUCUGCCUGACCGUUCCUUUCGUCCUUCUUUGCAUCGUGCACAUCUUAUCUCAUCGUCAUCUAUUUCUUUAAUCGUUUUCCUCUUCGCCCGAGAACCGCGUCACGCAUCACGCGAUUUUCCGCUCAUUUUUUUCCCUUUAUUCUCAUCUCGCGUCACGCCUCGUCGGACCUCCGGCCACGCUAACAAACACGCUUUGUCGCCGUCACUCAAGGGGCAAACACACAUACAAAUUUCAGUCACAAGAGCACCUGCAGAACCUGUAGCCACCCUCCAAACGUCACGUCCACACAUAAUCCCCGCGGGGCAAGACAGUUUGAGAGCAGAGAGACCCGCGACUAUUACUCUGAAAAAAAAAGGACAUCGCAAAUUAGCUGUGAUUUCGUGCUAUUUCACUCUGUAACCCCGUCCACAUCCGCCGAGAGGCUUGCCACCGGCGCAUAGACUUGUCUGCAGUAGUUCUACCCACAACCUAAAGUCUACUCGCGUCCUUCAACUUGUUUCGCUUCCUUUAAAGGCAGCGCCGCAACGGUAGCAUCAUGUCUGGAGAAGCUGAGCCGCGACGCUCAAUCCGAGCGACCAAGGGCCAGCAUACGAAAUCCUUCGAUGAGCUCGAGCAAGCACCGGCCCCGAAGCGACGACAAUCCAAGAAGUCCCGAAAGGCACUCGAGCAAGAGGAACUCGAGCAAUCAGAGGAGCCCGAAGUCAUUCGCUGCGUAUGCGGCGCGAACGAGCAGGACCAAGAUUCUGGAGAGGCAUGGAUCUCUUGCGAAACUUGUUUCGCGUGGCAGCAUAACGUCUGUGUAGGUGUUAGUUCCUUCGAGGAUGAAAUUCCCGAGAACUACUGGUGCGAGCAAUGCCGCCCACAAGAUCAUACAGAGCUCCUCGCAGCAAUGGCAAAGGGAGAACAACCGUGGCUAGACCGGAGAAAGACACAUGAAGAAGAAGUGGCGAACCGAAAGAAGAAGGGCGGCAAACGUGGACGCGGCAAACGCAACAGCGACACCAAGGACGACGCGCGCAACGCCAAAGCGUCUCCUACGCCAGAUGCCAGUGUCAAGCCAGCAGUGAAGCCGGGCAAGCGAAAAUCACGGGAUGAAUCCAACGACGCCGAUGGCAAACUGCCCAAACUUCGACGAGUCUCGCACGCUGAAUCUGUCGGUGUACAGGUCAAGUACUCGCCUCCUCCCGACCUGGUCACUGAUCUCAGCCAACUACCAGCAACCAGAGCCGGCCCUAUCAAAGCUCUCACCAAAUCAUUGGUCCAUGUCGCUACAGCCCUUCAUAAGGAGGGUGACUUGGACAUACCCGCAGACACUACAGUGGAAAAGAUUGCCGAGACGUAUGCGCUCCAGAUUGAAAGGGCCGUGUUCGAUACCCACCCAUCCACCAAGGGGCAAAAGGAAUAUGCGCAACAAGUCAAGGCGUUGACUUUUAACCUCAAGAAUAACCCUGAGCUGUUUGAAGGUCUGGUUGAGAGCUAUCACUCGCCUGCUACUCUCGCCGUCAUGACAACGGAGGCGAUGGCCUCUUCGGAAAUGCAGAAGCAGACGGCGGAGAUGAAGGCCAAGGCCGAAAAGCAGUCCAUUCUAUACACUGGCGACAAUGGGCCUCGCGUCCGCCGCACACACAAGGGCGAGGAAGUAGUGGAAGACGAAACUAUGGCCAACAAUGGCGAACACCGCAUGCCGACGUCCGGUGGUGGUGCUCGCCGUGGUGGUGGCACGGCUACACCUACAGCACCAGCCAUCAAGCGCGAAUCCAUCAGCAUCGACCACGCUAGCUUACCAGCAGCUUCACCUACUCGCAGCGACGGUCAACGGUCUCCAAGUCAAAGCAAUUUUGAUAUUUCAAAGGUAUUCUCGAAAGUCAAAUCGCCAACUGCGACGGAACGCCGCCGCCCAUCUGGUCCAUCCAUCAACGUCAGCGGGCCAGGCUUCGAUCCUGAAGUUGACCGUCUAUUGGAAGACGAGACGGAGUCCCCUCCUUAUUCGCCUACGGAAGACACACAGGAUCCCGAUGUGAUUUGGAAGGGAUCUCUGGCCAUGAGCUCGAUUGCCGACUUCCACGCUGUUGGAAAACACGUUGGCGGUGCUAACUUUGCCUCUUUCAGCUCGUGGUCCAAGUUGAUUCCGCAGCGUAUGACGGUGGCCGGCCGGAUAACCGAGCAAAACGCCAUUGAAUACCUCUGCAGUCUCCGAUACAGCAACUUGACAGACAUUGUAGUUGUCAACCUCACGCCUGCUUCCCCAGGCUCACAGCCCGAAUUCAAAGCGCUGAUCGACUACUUCCUCAGCAAGGGCCGCUACGGUGUGGUUGGAAACAAGGUCGCCGGCAACGUCCGCGAUACAUAUCUUGUUCCGGUCCGCGCAGGCGAGAACGGACACCCAGAAUUCAUGCUCAACCUUGUGGACAACUUCAUCCCCACAACACGUACCGAAGAUAUGCUCCUCGCUGUCUUUGUAUACCGCAACGAACCCACCGAAUUUUCCCUCUCCAACAACGGCCAAGCUGCUCCCGCACCUUUGGCACAGGCACCCAGCGUUCCUGGAUCCAAGACUACAACUGCUGUACCCGUCGCUGCUGCUGCCGCUGCCGCACCUCGUCCUAUUGCGCCUGUCCCGGGCCCCAACGGGCAACACGCUCGCCCUCCUCAACCUGUCUCCAUCCCUCAUCACGCACAGCAACCCCUCCCUCAUGCGCCAGCCAUGCCUUCCAAGGCCGUCCACCAGCUGCCGCCAAACCACCAAAUCUCCUCCAACGACAUCUACCAACGACAACAGGCUGGCGAGAGACUCGCUAGAGAAAUCCUCGGCCCGUUUAUCAGUGUUCCCACGGCCCAGUUCCUCCUCCCCCAGGCGUUCCAGAUGCAGCAGAAGGAGUGGGAGACUGUGCGUGGCGUCUAUGAGCGAGACCCCAAGGCUCGAGAGGACCUCAAGUAUCUUAGUAUGCUUCUUGAAAAGGAGCCCAGCAAAGCCGCGGUGCCUGGUGCUCCUGCGGUCCCUAGGGCUGCCUAAUUUUCUAAUUUAUCUUUUUGAAUGGCAAUAGGUAGUUGGGGUUUUGCUCUUUUCUGUUCUGUACUGUACAUUUAUGGGUGGGCAAUUUUUUGAAGCGGGCAAGGCAAAAAGCUGACAUGAUCUUCUUAUGUACUGAUUAAUUUCACAAAUACCACUCUCUUGUUGAGUACUAUACACACCAAUACCAGGUUCCCCUUUUUUAUUUAUAACUCGUGAAAGAUUCUGUAUUGAUCCUUUGGAUAUCUCCGUGAUUUAAAAAAAACAAAAACUCAUGUACGCCGUGAAUGCCAUUUCGUAACCUUUAUAAUACCCUUUCUUCUCAUGAUUUGAUGAGCGCAUCAAGCGCUGUCCAUGAAUCCUUUGCCUCUUUAUCCUCUGACGCCUUCUUCUCUGUAUCCGUAGCUUCUACGUUUGCCGCUGCUUUGUCCUUCUUAGGCUCUGCAGCAGCGCCUAAGCUGCCGAGACCUUCAAGCACACGCUUUGCCUUGUCCACUUGGGUCUGAAUGGCUGCAGUUUCUGCUCUAGUUCGGUCAAGAUGGUCUUCCAUCAUCUUAAUGGCCGAUUCACGCGCCUGAUGCGGGCGGUACUCGUUGAGGAUGUGGUGGAUGUUGAUAAAGAUCGUGCGCAGGUCCUGGACCUUGUGUUCAGCGUGGGAGGGGUUCCGCGACAUGAUGCCCGCGAGCUCUAGGAAGUUGAGGAGGAGAGACUUGGUCAGCUUCUUAAGCUCAAACGCGCGGUCCUGCGGCUUCGCGUCCUUUGUGUUGGCGGAUGCUCUAGCUGGCAGGUUCAAGAUGCCCUGGUCCUCGAGAGUGGGUAGUUCGUCGUCGAGCUAGCACGGGCAAGUUGUUAGCUGCGG